AUGCUUCCAGAGGCAGUUUGGAACUCGGUAGUGAGUGUUGCAACCGAGGACAGUCUGUGUGAGUUCCUGGAGGCUGAUGGAGGAGAGGGAGACCAGCAGAGAAUCAUCCCUGGUCACAACCGCCUCUACUUCCGUUCAGACAGCUGUACCCCCAAAACACCCCAGGAGGUAGAUCACGACAGUGAGGAUGAGACGGACCCCUUCUGGCUCCGAGAGAGGACCAUCAUGCAAAUCCAGGAGUUUACAGACGUGAACGAUGGAGAGAAGGAGGUGAUGAAGCUAUGGAACCUUCACGUUAUGAAGUGUGGCUACAUAGCAGAUAACCAGAUGAACGGAGCCUGUCUGGCGUUUGUGGAAGGUUGCGGUGCGUACAUUGCCAGGAAGAACCUCUGUAGGAACUUCCUGUUACACCUGGUCAGCAUGCAUGACUUUAAACUGGUUACCACGACAACCAUCAACCAGGCCAUGACACGCCUCCGACACAUCCAGCAGACCCAGCGGCAGGAAGGAGGAGAGUGUUGGGUGACAGCGCUGGAGUCUCCGUCUGGGCUGCAACCCGACUAUGCCACAUGUAAUGACGACCACGCGGAUGGUAAGAGUAACCACGGUAAUGGCCGCACGAAUGGAAACGGCGAUGGCGAUGAAGCUGGUAGUUCUGUUGCUGUGGAAACGUCCAGGCCGAGCAAGAGGCAUAAGUUGUGAGGUACCCUCCGGCCCUCUCCUGGAGGAGUGAUGAGUAACUAAAAUGAUGCCCGGUGAUUGGCUGAGUGGAGGGUGAAAGAGGGUGUGUUGGUGGUGAUUGGAGGGAAUAAUAAGAGAGACUCAUGAUGACAUCAUUCCAAACAAGCACUGGGUGUUGGGUUUACCGUAUAGAGGUGGUGGGCCAGAAUCAUUUAAGUCAAUUUGGACACACACAUAAAUACACACACACACACACACACACACAGUCCCACUGGUUAUAGCAGGGAAACCUUGGUCUAGUUUUUCCCCAUGUCUGGUUAUUCAGUCUUGCUUUGAUGUCAUGAGACUGAUGUUACAGUGACCAUGAGGUCUGUAAACGCAUCACUUUAGCAAUAACUUAGUCCCAACUGGCACCAUAUUCCUUUAUACUAGUGUGCACUACUUUUUACCAGGCCCUGCUAUAGACUAGGGGAUAUAUUUGUACAUCAAGCUGUCUGCUAUAGAUUCGCAUUCUGUCCAGGGGGUGUAUUUGUACAUCAAGCUGUCUGCUAUAGACAAGGGGGUGUACUUGUACAUCAAGCUGUCUGCUAUUGACAAGGAGGUGUACUUGUACAUCAAGCUGUCUGCUAUAGACUAGCAUUCUGUCCAGGAGGUGUACUUGUACAUCAAGCUGUCUGCUAUAGACUAGCAUUCUGUCCAGGUGUACUUGUACAUCAAGCUGUCUGCUAUAGACUAGCAUUCUGUCCAGGUGUACUUGUACAUCAUGCUGUCUGCUAUAGACUAGCAUUCUGUCCAGGAGGUGUACUUGUACAUCAUGCUGUCUGCUAUAGACUAGCAUUCUGUCCAGGAGUGGUACUUGUACAUCAAGCUGUCUGCUAUAGACUAGCAUUCUGUCCAGGAGUGGUACUUGUACAUCAAGCUGUCUGCUAUAGACUAGCAUUCUGUCCAGGUGUACUUGUACAUCAAGCUGUCUGCUAUAGACUAGCAUUCUGUCCAGGAGGUGUACACAUCAUGCUGUCUGCUAUAGACUAGCAUUCUGUCCAGGAGGUGUACUUGUACAUCAUGCCGUCUGCUAUAGACUAGCAUUCUGUCCAGGUGUACUUGUACAUCAAGCUGUCUGCUAUAGACUAGCAUUCUGUCCAGGUGUACUUGUACAUCAAGCUGUCUGCUAUAGACUAGCAUUCUGUCCAGGAGGUGUACUUGUACAUCAAGCUGUCUGCUAUAGACUAGCAUUCUGUCCAGGAGGUGUACUUGUACAUCAAGCUGUCUGCUAUAGACAAGCAUUCUGUCCAGGAGGUGUACUUGUACAUCAAGCUGUCUGCUAUAGACUAGCAUUCUGUCCAGGAGGUGUACUUGUACAUCAUGCUGUCUGCUAUAGACUAGCAUUCUGUCCAGGAGGUGUACUUGUACAUCAAGCUGCCUCACUACAGAAGCAGGAGUUGGGCUCCUGCCCUCUGGGCUGUUCUGGCUGUUACAAGGCUUUAGUACUUUAGGCCGAGGCCCAUAGGGUCCUAUAUAGAUCAGUGGUUCCCAAACUGUUUCACUCAGAUCCCUCUUCCAGCAUUGGGGAACAUCCAUUUCUAUGGGCACAAGUUCAUGACACAAACGGUUCACACCCCUAAAAUGUUGCAGAUUUUAAAGCUUAUUUCCUAUACAUUUUGCCAUGUCUAAUGUGUUUUCUUGUGAUAUUUGAGUGACAAAAAAAAAUGAAUGUCUAUGGGCUAAAAAAAAAAACAACGUUAGCUGACAUUUCUGACCGGUUAUAAAUAUCUCUCUAAGAAAUGUAAUGACUGACAUGACAAAGAGGAACUGAUGAUGCAAUAACCAGUUUCUACACGUCGCCUUGUGUGUUCUACUAUUACAGCUAUGAGUCAGUUGAAAGCUGGACUGAGUUCCCCCUAGGGGGCCGCGCCCCACAGUUUGGGAACCGCUGAUAUAUGGAAUAGGAUACCAUCAGUGCAGUGUCCAUCCUCACUGGUUCAUCAGUGCAGUGUCCGUCCUCACUGGUUCAUCAGUGCAGUGUCCGUCCUCACUGGUUCAUCAGUGCAGUGUCCUUCCUCACUGGUUCAUCAGUGCAGUGUCCGUCCUCACUGGUUCAUCAGUGCAGUGUCCGUCCUCACUGGUUCAUCAGUGCAGUGUCCCUCCUCACUGGUUCAUCGGCGCAGUGUCCGUCCUCACUGGUUCAUCGGUGCAGUGUCCGUCCUCACUGGUUCAUCGGUGCAGUGUCCGUCCUCACUGGUUCAUCGGUGCAGUGUCCGUCCUCACUGGUUCAUCGGUGCAGUGUCCGUCCUCACUGGUUCAUCAGUGCAGUGUCCGUCCUCACUGGUUCAUCAGUGCAGUGUCCGUCCUCACUGGUUCAUCAGUGCAGUGUCCCUCCUCACUGGUUCAUCAGUGCAGUGUCCGUCCUCACUGGUUCAUCAGUGCAGUGUCCGUCCUCACUGGUUCAUCGGUGCAGUGUCCAUCCUCACUGGUUCAUCAGUGCAGUGUCCGUCCUCACUGGUUCAUCGGUGCAGUGUCCGUCCUCACUGGUUCAUCGGCGCAGUGUCCGUCCUCACUGGUUCAUCGGCGCAGUGUCCGUCCUCACUGGUUCAUCAGUGCAGUGUCCCUCCUCACUGGUUCAUCAGUGCAGUGUCCGUCCUCACUGGUUCAUCAGUGCAGUGUCCGUCCUCACUGGUUCAUCGGCGCAGUGUCCGUCCUCACUGGUUCAUCAGCGCAGUGUCCGUCCUCACUGGUUCAUCAGUGCAGUGUCCGUCCUCACUGGUUCAUCGGCGCAGUGUCCCUCCUCACUGGUUCAUCAGUGCAGUGUCCGUCCUCACUGGUUCAUCGGUGCAGUGUCCGUCCUCACUGGUUCAUCAGUGCAGUGUCCCUCCUCACUGGUUCAUCAGUGCAGUGUCCGUCCUCACUGGUUCAUCAGUGCAGUGUCCGUCCUCACUGGUUCAUCGGUGCAGUGUCCGUCCUCACUGGUUCAUCAGUGCAGUGUCCCUCCUCACGUGUCCAACCUACUUUAGCCCCCGUCUUGUCUCAGGUGCCUGUUUGAGACAGACUUGGGUGUCUGUGCACUAGACAAGAAAUAGGGUGUCAUUCGGGAUAUUUGCUUUGGGACAAACUCGUUUAUAUAUAUAAUUAUUUAUAUAUAUAUUUAUAUAUAUAUAGUAUAGAGACGAACCGAAAAGACUUGGGUCGUCUUCACUUUAAUUUUUUUUUUUUUACCUUUAUUUAACCAGGCAAGUCAGUUAAGAACAAAUUCUUAUUUUCAAUGAUGGCCUAGGAACAGUGGGUUAACUGCCUGUUCAGGGGCAGCACGACAGAUUUGUACCUUGUCAGCUCGGGGGUUUGAACUUGCAACCUUCCGGCUACUAGUCCAACGCUCUAACCACUAGGCUACACUAGGCUACCCUGCCGCCCACUUGGGACGGACUACCUGAACAAUAUAAACGUUUGUUUUCGUUUUCUUGUGCUAAACGUUUUUGCUACAGUGUGCACUAAUGAAUACAACCCUGAUGACGGCCAGACUCUGCUGUAUUGUUGUUGUUUUUUUACAAGGGGAAUGGUUGGUUGUAUGAUGAUGCAUUCUGAAUUUGAACAUUUGAUUGUGUUUAUUACUAUGGGGGCCAUUUUGAGGCUGAACUUGAGGGACGUUACGCUGGUCUGAAGUCCAGCUCUUGGAAACAGUGUUGUUGGACUAGAAGGUGUCUGGCUCAGGGUAGAAACGUCACAUCCUAAACUAAAUGUGUAUUGCUGUCAGACCUCUGUUUAAAUGCUAUUUGGAGUCUUUAAUGUUUGCUCUAGCCUGCCUGGAGUGCUAGAUGGGAGGGGAGUUGCAGUUUUGGGACUAGUCUUUAUGUCCAUUUAAGCCAGGCAAAGCUCAAUCAAGCACAGAUCGAGUAUUUGAACUCAGGUCUGGCUAGCACUCAAGUCAGUCACAGGAUCCAAUGGUGCUACUAGACAGAUGAUUCAGGCCCUCAGCGAGCACAGAUCAGUCAUCUGUAACCUUUUUGAGGUCAUUAGGUCAAGGUUCAGUUACACUGUAUGACCACAUUCAUCAUCAAGCUGAAACCGUGCAGCACCCACAUCCACUCACUGCUUUUGGGCAGCGUCCCGAAUGGCUCCCUAUAUGGUAUACUACUUUUGACCAGGGUCCACAGGGCAGUGCACUACUUAUAGGGAAUAGGGUGCCAUUUGGGACGUACUCUUACUUAUGUUGGAGUAAUUUGGCACGGUCAGUGUCGACGUCUUCAGAAAGGUGACCUGCUGGACAUCAACUGUAGUAAGUAUUACAGUGGAGAGUUAAAUGUUGUUGUUGAGUUUCCUGGCCAAAGGGAGUUGGAUCUGCUGCAGAUUUUCUACUGUGUUCCUCACCUGUGAAACUGUCCCAAUUAGCAUCUUAAUUCCUAUAUAUAUAGAUAUAGAGAUAUAGAUAGUGUACCAUAGGGCCCUGGUCAAAAGUAGCAUGGACCACAGGAGGUUGGUGGCAGCUUUAAUUGGGGAGGACGGGCCCUGGUCAAAAGUAGCAUGGACCACUGGAGGUUGGUGGCAGCUUUAAUUGGGGAGGACGGGCCCCGGUCAAAAGUAGCAUGGACCACAGGAGGUUGGUGGCAGCUUUAAUUGGGGAGGACGGGCCCUGGUCAAAAGUAGCAUGGACCACAGGAGGUUGGUGGCAGCUUUAAUUGGGGAGGACGGGCCCUGGUCAAAAGUAGCAUGGACCACUGGAGGUUGGUGGCAGCUUUAAUUGGGGAGGACGGGCCCUGGUCAAAAGUAGCAUGGACCACAGGAGGUUGGUGGCAGCUUUAAUUGGGGAGGACGGGCCCUGGUCAAAAGUAGCAUGGACCACUGGAGGUUGGUGGCAGCUUUAAUUGGGGAGGACGGGCCCUGGUCAAAAGUAGCAUGGACCACUGGAGGUUGGUGGCAGCUUUAAUUGGGGAGGACGGGCCCUGGUCAAAAGUAGCAUGGACCACUGGAGGUUGGUGGCAGCUUUAAUUGGGGAGGACGGGCCCUGGUCAGAAGUAGCAUGGACCACAGGAGGUUGGUGGCAGCUUUAAUUGGGGAGGACGGGCCCUGGUCAUGGCUGGAGCGGAAUGGUAUCUAACAUGUGAUUGUGUUUGAUGCCGUUAUGAGCCGUCCUCCCCUCAGCAGCCUCCACUGGUAUGGGCCCUGGUCAACAGGAGUGCACUAUAUAGGAAAUAGGGUGUUAUUGCAGGUGCCUCCUUUGCUUCUCCAGUGAUGGGGUGGAUCUUUCCAGGUGUGAACUUGAAUUGCAAUCAAUCAGGACCCAAACAAAGGAAGCUGUUCCUACGAUUUGUAGCUGUGUGCAGUAUGUUGACUAGGGUCAUGUUCAUUUGGCACAAAACGUUAGAAAGCACUCACAACGAGGGAGUUGGAGGUACUAUCUGUACGAAUCCAAUAAAACACUUAUCUUCUGUUGCAAAACGUUUUGCUACAGUGCGCCUCAGUGAACAUGACCCAGGUUUGUGUGUAUAUACACCUCACUUCAGGAAAAAAGAGCAACAUUUUGCUCUAGCGAACCCAGAUAAGAAAAUGCAAAAGAAAAACAGGACUUUAUUCACCAACAUCCUAAAACCAGCUGGACGUUGGAAUGUAGUAAUCAAGGAGUCAUAGAAAAUGUUUUCUAUUUAAAAGAAUAAAGAUGUUUUGUACUAUUACCA